AUGAAUCUUACCGGCAUUUCAUCCAUACUUAUUGUUAUUAGUUUAUUAAUUACUUGUAUAAAAUGUGAAUUUUCAUUUAUGUCAAUGUUAUCAUCUGGAGUUGAUAAAGUCAGUAAUACAAUAAGAAAUAUACAAUGUAAUUUUGGAGAAUGUUGUACAAGCGAAUAUAUUUCUCCCGACAUUGAUAAAUUAGAUGAUAUUCUGAAUAAAGAAUUUUAUGGACAAGAAAUUGCUCAUCGUGUAAUUAUAAAUGCUCUACGUGGACAUUUAACAUCAGCUAAUCCUCCAAAAGCUCUAAGUAUGAGCUUCCAUGGUCCACCAGGCACUGGUAAAACUUAUACAAGUCAACUGAUUGCUAAGUUUUUUUAUAAAAAGGGUGAUCAAAGUAAUUUUUAUCACUUUUUUAAUGGCCGUAAUGAUUUUCCUCUGCAAGAAAAAGUGAAUGAAUAUAAGGAAGAAUUAUACAAUAUUAUUAUUAAUAGUUUACAAAAAUGUGAAAGAUCAAUGUUUGUAUUUGAUGAAGUGGAUAAAAUGCCAGAAGGUUUACUAAAUGUUCUUGUACCAUUUUUGGACUAUAAUACAUGGAUCAAAUCAUGGAGAUUUACAAGCACUUCUAUAAAUACAAGGAAAGCAAUUUACAUAUUUUUAUCCAAUACAGGGAGUUCACGGAUUAUUCAGCGUUUACUAACACUUUGGGAGGAAGGUAAACAGAGAAAAACAACUAAACUUCAAGAUUUUGAAAAUUUAAUAAGUGUUGGAGCAUUUAAUGAAAAGGGUGGUUUUUAUCAUAGUGAUACAAUAGACUCUAGUGUUAUAGAUCAUUAUGUACCUUUUUUACCACUUGAAGAAGUACAUGUGAAGAAGUGUUUAAAAAAAGCUUUUAUAAACAGAGGAGUACAUCCUACUAAUGAAAUGAUAGAAGAAGGAUUAUCAUAUGUAAUUUUUGGACCUCCUCCACAUAAUAUCUAUGCAACUACUGGCUGCAAAAGACUAGAACAAAAAGUAGCUGCUAUUAUAUAUGCUAAUAAAAAGCACAGAAUAGAAUUAUAA